AUGCCCGGAUGCCCGGAUGCUCAGCUCCGCUCGGUGCUUGGCACGUGGCCACGCCUGCCGCCCGGCCUGGGGACCGCAGUUCGGUUCCCGGGCGCGGCUGUGAGCAGAUCCGGCCCGGGGGUCUUUUCCGGGUGCCCGGGUGCCCGGAUGCUCAGCUUGCCGCCCGGCCUGGGGACCGCAGUUCGGUCCCCGGGUGGUGCGCGUUGGGACCUGAGCCCCGCAGGGGUCAGUCUGACGUCCUCGGGGUCUCUGCGGCGCUCGCGCCCACGCGUGGGCUCAGACUCGAUUGAUGCGGUCCCCCCAGCCCAUUCCCACCCCACCCCCCCCCCCCCCCCCCCACCCCCCCCCCCCCCAGCCCUCACCCCCCAGCCCGCCCCUCACCCCCCCCCCCCCCCCCCCCCCCCCCCUCCACCCCGCCCCUCACCCCCCCAGCCCGCCCCUCACCCCCCCCAGCCCGCCCCUCACCCCCCAGCCCGCCCCUCACCCCCCAGUCCCACCCCCUCAUCCCCCCCAACCCGCCCCUCACCCCCCCCCCCGCCCGCCCCUCACCCCCCCACCCCCCCCACCCCGCCCUCACCCCCCCCCCCAGCCCGCCCCUCACCCGCCCCUCACCCCCCCCCACCGCCCCCCCCCCCCCCCGCCGCCUCACCCAGCCCGCCCCUCACCCCCCCCCCCCCCGCCCCUCACCCCCCACCCGCCCUCACCCCCCCCCGCCCCCUCACCCCCCCUCACCCCCCGCCCCGCCCCCCCUCACCCCCACCCGCCCCUCACCCCCCCCCGCCCCUCCCCCCCCCCCCCACCCGCCCCCCCCGCCCCCCUCCCCCCCCCCCCCCCAGCCCGCCCCUCACCCCCCCGCCCCCCCCCCCGCCCCCCCCCGCCCGCCCUCACCCCCCCGCCCCCCCACCCGCCCCUCACCCCCCCAGCCCGCCCUCACCCCCCAACCCGCCCCCCCAGCCCCCGCCCCUCACCCCCCCCCCCCCCCCCCCCCCCCCCACCCCCCACCCCCCCCUCACCCCCCAGCCCGCCCCCUCACCCCCCCGCCCGCCCCCCCCCCCCAGCCCGCCCCUCACCCCCCCCAGCCCGCCCCUCACCCCCCCACCCGCCCCUCACCCCCCCCCCCCCCCCCCCCCCCCCCCCCCCCCCCCCCCCCCCCCCCCCCCCCCCCCCCCCCCCCCCCCCCCCCCCCCACCCCCCCCCCCCCCCCCCCCCCCCCCCCCCCCCCCCCCCCCCCCCCCCCCCCCCCCCCCCCCCACCCCCCCCCCCCCCCACCCGCCCCCACCCCCCCGCCCCCCCCCCCGCCCCUCACCCCCCCCGCCCCCACCCCCCCCCCCCCCCCCCCCCUCACCCCCAGCCGCCCCUCACCCCCCGCAGCCCGCCCCUCACCCCCCCGCAGCCCGCCCCUCACCCCCCCCAGCCCCCCCUCACCCCCCGCAGCCCGCCCCCUCACCCCCCCACCCCCCCCUCACCCCCCGCAGCCCGCCCCCUCACCCCCCGCAGCCCGCCCCCCACCCCCCCCAGCCCGCCCCUCAUCCCCCCAACCCGCCCCUCACCCCCCCCAGCCCGCCCCUCACCCCCCAGCCCUUCCAUCUCUGGAUCCUGCAGUGCCCGGCUCGAGCAGCAGAUGGCGCCCGCGCUCCCCUCCGCGCACCACCUGGAGCUGGGGUGAACCCCGCAAAGGUUCUAGCACAGUGGCGACCCCCGCGGUGA